UCCUUUUCACUCACACAGGCAGAGACCUAAUCCUCAUAAUUGGAGUGUGAAGAGCGAAAUGGCCAGUGACAGGGUCCAUGCUGCUUUACCUGACCCUCCCAGUAAAUGUGAAGAGGGGAACAAAGAAGAGGAGAAAACUUUCGGGAACAUUUUUGCAGAGUUAGAAUGUGUGGAUCUGCCCCUAGGAACCACCUUAAGGUCUAUUUAUGAUGACCAGCCCAACGCCCACAAGCGCUUCAUGGAAAAGCUGGAUGCCAGGAUAAGGAACCAUGACCGUGAAAUUGAGAAGAUGUGCAAUUUUCAUCACCAAGGCUUUGUGGAUGCCAUUACAGAGCUCCUUAAAGUCCGUGCUGAUGCAGAGAAACUGAUGGGUCAAGUGACGGACACUAACCGAAGACUACAAGAAGCUGGGAGGGAGGUGAUGGCUCAGACAGAAGAGGUGAUUCGCUGUCGGAUCCAGCAGAGGAACAUGGCCACCACUGUCGAGAAGCUUCAGCUCUGUAUACCAGUGCUAGAAAUGUACAGCAAACUGAAGGAGCAACUGGAAUCCAAACGAUACUAUGCUGCCUUGAAAACCAUGGAGCAGCUGGAGAAGAUCUACAUCCCCAGGGUCAGCCAGUACAGAUUCUGUCAGAUCAUGGCUGAAAACUUACCCAGAUUGAGAGAGGAGAUUAAGGAGAUCUCCAUGUCAGACCUCAAGGACUUCCUGGAAAGCAUCAGAAAACACUCUGACAAGGUUGGAGAGACAGCCAUGAGACAGGCACAGCAACACCGGACCUUUAACAGUGCCGUAGCGAAGCAGGUCAGUAUGGGCCACUACAUGAAGCCUGUGUAUUCCCUCAAUGGACGAACACACACUCACAAUGGCCUGAUGAUGGACACAGGAGAUGAGGAUGAAGCAGAUGAAGAGAUUCUUACAGCUCAGGACCUGGUGGAUUUCUCACCUGUCUAUAGGUGUUUACACAUUUACACUGUGCUGGGUGACCGAGAAACAUUUGAGAACUACUACAGGAAGCAGAGGAAAAAACAGGCAAGGCUAGUGCUGCAGCCACAGGCUAACAUGCAUGAGACAGUUGAAGGCUACACAAGGUACUUCAAUCAGAUUGUAGGGUUUUUUGUUGUGGAGGACCAUAUCCUCCAUGCCACUCGGGGGCUGGUGACCAGAGCCUUCAAUGAUGAACUGUGGAACAUGGCCCUUUCCAAGAUCAUCGCUGUUCUCCGCACGCACUCUUCUUAUUGUAAUGACCCAGACCUGGUCCUGGAGCUGAAGAACCUCAUAGUCAUCUUCGCUGACACAUUACAGGGUUAUGGUUUUCCAGUCAACCGGCUGUUUGACCUGCUUUUUGAGGUCAGAGACCAGUACAACGAAACUCUGCUGAAGAAGUGGGCACUGGUUUUCAGGGAGAUCUUUGAAUUGGAUAACUACAGUCCCAUCCCAGUGGAGACAGAGGGGGAGUAUAAACUGGUAGUCAGCCGCUUUCCCUUCCAUGAUGCUGAGAUAGAGAAGCAGGACUUUCCUAAGAAGCUGCCAAUGUCCCAGUCUGUCCCUCAGAUUUACACGCAGGUCAAAGAGUUCAUUUAUGCAAGCCUGAAGUUUUCAGAGUCACUACACCGCAGUUCAACGGAGAUUGACGACAUGUUGCGAAAAUCAACCAACCUGCUGUUGACAAGAACACUCAGCAGCUGUCUCCAAAACCUCAUCAAGAAACCUCACAUAGGGCUGACUGAGCUGGUGCAAAUCAUCAUUAACACCACCCACUUGGAGCAGGCCUGCAGGUAUCUGGAGGAGUUUAUAACAAACAUCACCAAUGUUUCCCCUGAAACGGUACACACCACAAGACUCUAUGGCUUGUCUACAUUCAAGGAUGCUCGUCAUGCUGCAGAGGGAGAGAUUUAUACUAAACUCAACCAGAAGAUCGAUGAGUUCAUCCAGCUCGCAGAUUAUGAAUGGGGCAUGGCAGAGUCUGACGGCCGUGCCUCUGGAUACCUCAUGGACCUGAUCAACUUUCUGCGUUCUACUUUUCAGGUCUUCACACACCUCCCGAAUAACAACAAUGACCAUGCGUCGAUGUCGGGUAAAGUGGCCCAGACAGCUUGUAUGUCAGCCUGUAAGCAUCUGUCUACAUCGCUGAUGCAGAUGCUGCUGGACACAGAGCUCAAACAGAUCAGCAUGGGGGCCAUUCAGCAAUUCAACCUAGAUGUCAUUCAGUGUGAAUUGUUUGCCAGCUCUGAACCGGUCCCUGGUUUCCAAGGAGACACACUCCAGUUGGCCUUCAUUGACCUACGACAGGCUGUGAUGCUCAGUUCCCCACACAAGAAACGGCAACAGUGAAGUGCUGGGAGUUGUAGCAGGUUCCUGUGUUUUGAACUUUUUAACCAAAAAAUGAAGAUGCUAAAAAGCCAUGACAAAAGGGGGGCCUAUUAGUAGUUAGCUAUUGUAGAAGCUGAUGGCAAAAUCAUCAACACAAUGAAAACCCAAUUUUAUAAAUUCAUUUUUGUUGCUUGAAUUUGUUUCAACUCAUUUCAACUUUAUUUUUACUUCUCAGUUGUCCCACAUCUCUAUAUCACAUCCAGUAGUAUUGUUUUUCACUGGCCUUUUCAACUUUCACCUGUCCUCCCCCAUCUCCAUCACACACACACAAGCACAACUGACCACCUUUUUUGUUGUAAAUACCAGUGGUAUGUAAAGUGUUGCUGUGUCUCAUUAACUUGUGUCUUUGUUGACCUGUUAAUCUGAGCCUGAGGUGCAGGCUUGGCUCUGCAUCUAGCCCAGGUCACAGCACUAUACUGUGGGAGAUUGUGGACUACACUGCAAAAAUAAAGAUUGUUUCAUUAGCAUAGGACCUCUGAAUCAAAAUAGAUAAAUAACCAUCCAGUCAAGAUUUAACGGCACUUAGCUGUGCAUUUUCCCACCCUGAUAAUGGUGAUAAAUUACGGGAGCAUUCAAAAACUUGAAAUCUUUCCACAGACAUGCAAGUAAUUUAAAUUUUGUUAAAAAAUUGAGUUUACAUUAAUUGAAAAUGAAUGAAUCUUCACAUAGGCUGAAAUUGAGUUGCUUCUUAAGUGAAAUUCCUCAGGGAAUCAACAACUGCUUUUAAACUCAACACAACUAAGGCUGCAUUUUACACUUAUUUUCAUUAUUGAUGGAUCUGUCGUGAUUAAUUGAAUAGUUGUUUGGGCUAUAAAAUGUCAGAAAACUGAAAAAUGUUCAUUGCAAUUUUUGAGAGCUCAAAUGUCCAAUCACCAAAGAUAGUUAGUGCUCUCACAAAGGAUUAUGAGAACAGGCAAGUAUUCAAAAAUAAGAUGGUGAAUUCAGAAGAUGUUUGGCAUUUUUGCUAUAAAACAAGACCUAAACUCUUCAUUGAUUUCAGAAUAGUUGCUGAUUAAUUUUCAUUU